AAGAUAUAGAGUUUUAUGAAGCACUUGAAACAGAAAAAAGGAAUGGUGGCACAUCUAGCAAUAGCAUUGCGGAUUCAUAAACUAUUCAAUCCUAACUUAUCACCUUUUACUAGUGAUGUAGGAGCAGUCGUGGAGGGAACAGAAAUGGUCGUGGCAAACCACGUGGGAGUGGCAACGGCAGUGGUCGUGGACGCGGGCGUGGUCGUGGUGGAGAAGGGAGGAAGAAGCCUGUGGAGAAGUCGGUUGAUGAACUCGACAAGGAACUCGAUAGCUAUCACGCAGAUAACAUGCAGGGUUAGUUCAAAACUGGAGCUGUGGAACUUUGCUUGCUGGUAUCAGUCAGUGUUUGAGCUAUGGUAGCUGUACAAAAUAUGACGGUUGUGAUUUUCGGGAUAUAGACUAAUUUUUGC